GAGCUCUCUCAAAAAAACAUAAUGUCAGUACUGCUCAAAUAAAGGAUACUUAAAGCUUUGGUAUAAAAAGAGACGAGCAACUAUUAAAGGAGGAAAAUUUGUCCCUCUUUUUAUUGGUAUAUUAUCCAUCAUGUGGUAAGAAAAUAGGACUCCAGUUUGAAACCUAUUAAGGAUACUUAAAGCUUUGCAUCCAAUGACGGUUUGAUUUGAAGUUCAAUACCAAAAGAAAACAUCAUAUAGUUUGUGUUCCAAACGAAUGAAAACCAUGGAAUAUGAAGGGGGGCCAACUUCAGAUAACAUGAAUUAAUGGAACUUUCGACGUCAGAAAUCCAAUAACAAACAAACCAAACGAAGAGGGUCCAUUUGUUCUUCUAUCCGACAUGCACACAAGUAUCUUCUUUUUUGUUGUGUGGUGGAUAUAUAUAGUUGUUUUACAAUGAUUCUGCUCUGCAGCAGAGAACUACCAGGCAGUUUGCCUUCAACUUCCCUGCAUAAACCAACAAAAAAAAGGUCAGUUGCUAUGCUACUGAUUUGGGAGUGAUCAUAAAUUUUCUUUUUUCAGUUAUUAUAGCUACAAAGUAUUUGAAGAAAUGUUAAACCAACGAUGGUAUCUUUGUUCUCUCUAGACUGUGGUAGAUGGCACAAUUUUUCUCCUGAAUUGCUGUGUUUGAUGGCAACCCUUUUCAGUUUUGAAGUCAAAAUCAAAUCUUUUUUUUUUUUUUUUUUUCUUUUUUCGGUUGGUUGAAUUGAAGCUGUAUAUGACAUGUUGAACAGAAUUUUGUUGCCAUUGUUGUUAUUUUUUCCAUUCUCUUUCUAUCUUAUGAAAAAGAAGGCAAUGCCCUUUUUGUUUGUGCUUUAAAAUGUUCGUUGCUCUGCUUUGAGUUCAUGGGAGCAGUAUAAAUUUGGGACGAUAGGCUGGAUAAAAUUGCCGAGUGAAGUAGUGACAAGGGACAGCAAAGCAUCUGUGUUAAGUGGAGAGGCUAGUUUUGAUGGCUAGGGAUGGAUGGCCAUACUUUGAUCCUGAGUAUGAAACUUUGAGCAUCCGAAUCAAUCCUCCCAGGGUCUCUGUUGACAACACUAGCUGCAAGGACUGUACUGUGGUUAAGGUUGAUAGUGUGAACAAACCAGGGAUACUACUGGAAAUGGUGCAAAUCCUGUCUGAUUUGGAUCUUGUGAUCACUAAGGCAUAUGUAUCAUCUGAUGGUGGUUGGUUCAUGGAUGAAUUUCAUGUCACUGAUCAACAAGGAAAUAAGAUUGUCGACAGCACUACCCGUGAACAUAUGGAGAAGGCUCUAGGUCCCAAGGGCCACAAACAGGAUUUAUUGAAGACUUGGCAAGGUAAGCAGGUAGGGGUGCACUCUAUGGGUGAUCUUACAGCAAUAGAGUUAACUGGGAGGGAUAGACCAGGUCUUUUAUCAGAGAUAUCUGCUGUCCUCGCAAACCUCAACUUUAAUGUUGUUGCUGCUGAAGUUUGGACGCAUAACAGAAGAAUAGCAUGUGUUCUUUAUGUCAAUGAUGAAAGUCCUUGUCGUGUUGCAAAUGAUCCAUCCCGGUUGUCAGCUAUGCAAGAUCAGCUCACAAAGAUUCUCCAUGGAUGUGAAGAAGGGGAAAAUGUAGCUCACACAAAUUUUUCUGCAAAUUUCACCCAUGUUGAUCGCAGACUCCAUCAGAUGUUGUUUGCUGAUAGGGAUUAUGAAAAUAGACUGUUAUCAACUGAGACAGAAUAUGAUCCUUCAUGUGCACCAAAAAUCAUAAUUGAUCGAUGUGUAGAGAAGGGAUAUUCAGUGGUUACAGUAAACUGCAGAGACAGGCCAAAGCUCAUGUUUGACAUCGUAUGCACACUUACAGAUAUGCAAUAUGUUGUCUUUCAUGCUGUUAUUUCAUCUGGUGGCCCCAAUGCAUCACAGGUACAAAGAAUUUCUUUUUCCUUUUGUGAUGCAUUGAACAAUGUUAUAUAGGUUACUACAUUGUUUGUGUAAGCUACUCUCCUCCAUGAGAUUUCUUUGCUGAAUACAAUCUGGUUGUGAGGUUGUAUUGUUUCAAAUAGGUAUGAAGCAUCUCACGCUAGUGUUUAUGUCUGAAUCUGUAAUGUCAUUUGGUUUCAUUCGCCAUUGUACUGCCAAACUUCCACUCAAGUUUUUCCAAUAUGUUUGUACCAUGAAUGUGUAGGAAUACUACAUCCGUCACAUGGAUGGAUGCACCCUUGAUUCAACAGAAGAAAAGGAAAGGGUUAUCAAAUGUCUUGAAGCUGCAAUCAGCCGAAGAGUGAGUGAGGUAAGGGAUCACAUUUACGCUGGCAUACUAUACCAUGAAGCAGCUAGAGAUGUAGAUAGGUUAGUUUUAGAGCUGCGUUACAGUGAAACUUAUUUAAUGAGAAAUCUGGACCUUACAGAUAGCUGCUUUCUGAGAUUUUUGCUUCAGCAUUAAGUUAAAAAUAUACUUUAGAAAGGUUUCUCCGUAGAGGAAUUUUGCCAUAAGUUCUUCAUCAUUUUUGCGAAAUUGGUGCAGAAUAGAACACACAUAAAGACUACCUCGGGUUUAAAACUUGCAUAAGUAGACCAUUUUGUAUCAGGUUUGCGAGUGAUCUCAGAUGUCACCUGUUGUUUCCUGACACAAUUGUGAUGAAAUAAAAUGCAAUGAUCAUGUGUUUAGAUUUGAAUUUGGUUGUGGUAACUAGAGUACAUUGGACUCUAAAGAAGGAAAGAAAAAUGAGUUGUAGUGUACUUAUAGCAGGUACAGUUUCUUAUAGUAACCUAAUGUGGUUAAUUGCCUCAUAUUUUUCAGCUAAUCUCAUUAUUAAGCUUCCGGUGAAAUAGAUCGGUAAUGUACUCCAUGGUAAAGAAACAUGACCAAUGAUGCAGGGCUUAAGGCUCGAGCUCUGUGCUGAGGAUCGAGUUGGACUGCUCUCAGAAGUUACAAGAGUUCUCCGCGAAAAUGGAUUGUCUGUUUCCAGGGCUGGGGUUAAAACUGUAGGCACUCAAGCGCUCAACGUAUUCUACGUGACAGAUGCCUGGGGAAAUCCAGUAGACAUAAAGACUAUAGAAGGGCUGCGAAAAGAAAUCGGACAAACUAUGAUGCUCAAUGUGAGGAAAGCACCAGCAAGCGCCAAAGCUCCUGAAGCGAAUAGAUGGUCCAAGACAAGCUUUUCUUUUGGUGGUUUGUUGGAAAAACUACGGAUUUGAUUGCUCUUGGAAAUACACAAAAAUUUGGGAUAGAAGAUCUCAUUAGAAAUCACUCCUGAAUAAAGACGUUCUUUCAAGUAUUGAUCAAGUUAGGAAUAUGGUCUUUCAGACCAAUGUACCAUCUUAUUCGCUGUCCAUUUAACAAAGACGGUAUGACAACUGAAAGUGUGGGUACAAUUUUUACCAUUCACUUCCUUCAUUUUGUGCUCUUUCUAUUCAAAUAAAAGACAAAACUCACUUUUGAUCAUCAAAGUUAAGCAUAGUUUUACACCAAGUCAACACAAAUAAAAUAAUCGACAAUUUCGAC